AUGUCCUCUCAAAAGCUCAUCGUCAUCCUCGGAGCCACUGGCAACCAAGGCGGCUCCGUUGCAACCACGUUCCUCCAAGACCCUGACUGGAAAGUCCGCGCCCUGACCCGAAAUGCCUCAAGCGCCAAAGCUCAAGCCCUCGCAUCUCGCGGUGCUGAAGUCGUCGAGGCAGAUAUUGACAAGCCGUCUACUCUCACGGCUGCAUUUAAGGACGCCAACACCAUCUUUGCCGUCAGCGACUUUUGGGGUCUGUACGGAGACCCUGCCAACAAGGAAAAGGCCAAGCCGGGGCAGGCUCUUAAUGAGUGGGCUGGUGAACAUGAGACGCAGCAGCUCAAGAACGUCAUCGAUGAGGCUGCCAAGGUCUCGACUCUUGAGCGGCUCAUCAUCUCUUCUCUCUCGGAUGCGACAAGGUGGUCCCAGGGAAAGUACACGCACGUAUACCACUUUGACUCCAAGGCCAGGGCUGUUGUGUAUGCGGAGAAGACCUACCCCGAGCUUUGGGCCAAGACCAGUGUCUAUCAGGCAGGUCUCUUCCUAAGCAACUUUGUCCAGAACCCCCUUACCCAACCUAUCAAGGCAAUUGUCCAGUUCAUCGGACACAUCGAACAAGACGUCAAGCUCCCUUUCAUCGCUGCCGAAGAAGACUCCGGCCCCUUUGUCAAGGCUCUCCUGCAGCAACCCGCAGGCGUCAACCUCAUCGGCUACAGAGAAUGGAUCUCUCCCCGCGAGGCUGCUGAUGCGCUUACGAGGGUCACGGGUCUCAAGACAGAAGUCGUCACCCUCCCCAAGGGCCAUUUCCCUCCUGGCAUUCCUGAAGACUUGAAGGCUGAGCUUGAGGAUAACUUUGCUUACUUUAAUGAGUUUGGUUACGAGGGCAGAGAUGAUCCUAGUCUGACUCAUCCCCGAGACUUGAAGUUUCCCCCAUCCCUUGAGACCUCUGAGGACUAUUUCAAGAAGCAGGAUUGGAACAAGGUCUUUGGUGCUUGA